AUGUUUAAAAAUGUUAUAAUAAAAAAUCCCAAAGAAAAUCCUCGAAAUUCUUCAGUAUUACAGUUUAUCAAAUCAGAAAAACUGUUUUCUCCAACUGAUAAAAUACCACCACAAAUCAAAACCUCUUUCAAUUCAAAUGUUUUUAUUGGCGAUACAACAAAUGUAUCGUUAUUUAAUUUACUAAACGAAGAAUCAUUGAUUAAUUCAUUUGAAUGUGACAAUGAUGCAACAUUGGGGGCCGGUGAAUAUUCAUUUCUUAUCUUCGGCGGACAAUAUUUAACUCUCUAUAACAUCGAUGGUCAACUGCAAAAGAUUCCAUGGAAUACAAAUCUAUACGAUUCAAUAAAACAAAUUCGUUGGUCACCCUAUUAUCAUUCAUACUUAAUAAUGACAUCUCGAUUAUUUUCCCUAUUGAAUUUGUUCUCCUUUGAAUUAGCAUCAAUUAAAAAGUCCUUUCCAUCUAAUGAACAAUUGCAAUUAUUUUCUUGUCAUCAAACUGAUCUCUGGCUUGUAUGUCUAUUAAACCUAAGCAAACAACAAAGAUUUUUUCAUUACAACCUUACAGAAUGGGAACGAACUCAUUCGAUACGAAAAAAUUAUUCUCUCGAUCAAUUAGGUUUACAUAGAACGGAUACAAUCUGUGCAAUUGAAAAUGAUCAAAAGGGUGAAUGUUUAGGUUUACUAAUUGCAGAGAGAAAUCAAAAUUUAACUGUUGGCAUUCAACGACGACGCCGACUCAUUCUAAUUGCUAUUUCUCAUAUGUUACCAUUGAGAAUUAUUUAUUUUAGUGGUGCUGAUGAUCUCUAUUGGACAUUGACAUCGGUCAUGAAUCGAAAGAUUUCAACGACCGGAUGGUUACUUAGUAAAUAUUUUAAUAAAGAAUUGACUUUUAUCGAUAAUAAAUGCAAUAAUAAAUUAACGUGUAUUGAAUAUAAAAAUGAACUGCGCAAUUUAGCAAUUACGACCAAUGGACACUAUUUAAUAUUAAGAACAAUUAAUAGUUUAGAUAUUUAUCAGAUAGAUUAG